UGGACGCAAGGGCAGGGAUCAGGGAAGGGGCGAUCGUGACAAGCUAUGAUCCUGUGUUCCUCGCAGAUCCGCUCAGUGCUCUAACUGACGGCUUCUGCUUACGGGCACCCGUACUCCUUUGCCAGGAGAAGGCAUGAGAACGGAUGCCCCGACUGCGCAUGCGCUUCCAGCUGUCGCCCUCCACUGUGCGCACGCGCGCGCCGUCCGAGCGCCUUCUAGAGGGUUUUUACCCGACAGGCCAAGGGACCGGACGCCUCCGAGCAGCUUGAUGACGACAUCCUGGCGCCGGGUGUCGGAAUGGCGGCUCCCAUCACUGAAGAGAGCGGUGUUGGCGGCGGUACAGUGGUUUCCUAAAGCAGCUGUUUUUGACUUUCCACGGGAGGCUACUAUGGCAUUCCCUCACCUGCAACAACCUAGCUUCCUCUUGGCUAGCCUGAAAGCUGACUCGAUGAAUAAGCCCUUUGCACAGCGCUGCCAAGACUUGGUGAAAGUCAUUGAGGAUUUUCCUGCCAAGGAGCUACACACUAUCUUCCCAUGGCUAGUAGAAAGCAUUUUCGGCAGUCUAGAUGGUGUCCUGGUUGGCUGGAACCUCCGCUGCCUACAGGGGCGCGUGAAUCCUGUGGAGUACAGCAUUGCAAUGGAAUUUCUAGACCCAGGUGGCCCAAUGAUGAAGUUGGUUUACAAACUGCAAGCUGAAGAUUAUAAAUUUGACUUUCCCGUCUCCUGCCUCCCUGGCCCUGUGAAGGCAUCCAUCCAGGAGCGUGUCCUCCCUGACAGUCCUCUGUACCACAACAAGGUCCAUUUCCCCCCCAGUGGAGGCCUUGGCCUGAACCUGGCUCUGAAUUCAUUCGAGUAUUAUAUCUUCUUCUUUGCUUUGAGCCUCAUCACUCAAAAGCCACUGUCUACAUCCCUUCAUGUCCGUACCUCAGACUGUGCCUAUUUCAUCCUGGUGGACAGGUACCUGUCAUGGUUCCUGCCCACUGAAGGCAGUGUACCCUUGCCACUCUCUUCCAGUCAAGGGGGACCCAGCCCUUCACCGGCUCCCAGGACGCCAGCCAUGCCCUUUGCCUCCUAUGGCCUUCACCACACCAGCCUCCUGAAGCGGCAUGUCUCUCAUCAGACGUCUGUAAAUGCAGACCCUGUCUCCCAUGAGAUCUGGAGAUCUGAAACUCUCCUCCAGGUUUUCGUUGAAAUGUGGCUUCAUCAUUAUUCUUUGGAGAUGUAUCAAAAAAUGCAGUCCCCUCACGCCAAGUUGGAGGUUCUGCACUACCGACUCAGUGUCUCCAGCGCCCUCCACAGCCCUGUUCAACCUGGCCUCCAGGCCCUCCACGCCUACCAAGUACUGGGCAUGGAAUCAUUUAUCCCCACUGAGGAGCAUGUGCUGGUGGUGCGUCUGCUGCUGAAACACCUGCAUGCCUUUGCUAACAGCCUGAAGUCAGAGCAGGCCUUGCCCUCUGCACACUCCCAUGCCACCAGCCCUCUGGAGGAGUUCAAGCGGGCUGCUGUGCCACGGUUUGUCCAGCAGAAGCUCUAUGUCUUCCUGCAGCGCUGUUUUGGCCACUGGCCUCUGGAUGCGUCCUUCAGAGCUGUCCUGGAGAUGUGGCUGAGCUACCUGCAGCCAUGGAGGUAUGCCCUUGAGAAGCAGGCUCAGAACAGCGACUCCCAGCCACGGUGUGUGUCGGAAAAGUGGGCACCCUUCAUCCAGGAAAACCUGUUGAUGUAUACCAAGCUGUUUGUGGGCUUCCUGAACCGCGCACUCCGCACAGACCUGGUCAGCCCUAAGAAUGCACUCAUGGUAUUCCGAGUGGCCAAAGUCUUUGCCCAGCCUAACCUGGCUGAAAUGAUCCAGAAAGGUGAGCAGCUCUUCCUGGAGCCAGAACUCGUCAUUACUCACCGGCAGCACCGCCUCUUCACAGCUCCCACAAUCACUGGUAGUUUCCUGUCACCAUGGCCCCCAGCUGUGACCGAUGCCUCAUUCAAGGUGAAGAGCCACGUCUACAGCCUGGAGGGCCAGGAUUGCAAGUACACCCCCAUGUUUGGGCCUGAGGUCCGGACCCUGGUCUUGCGCCUUGCUCAGCUCAUCACACAGGCCAAGCAGACUGCCAAGUCCAUCUCUGACCAGUGUAUAGAUAGCCCUGCUGGCCGCCCCUUCCUGUCAUGGCUUGGCUUCAGCCCCACAGACUCAAAUAGCUCGUACUCAUCCAAUGACCUGGAUGAGAUGGGCCAGGACAGCAUCCGCAAGACAGAUGAGUACUUGGAGAAAGCCCUGGAGUACCUGCGUCAGAUAUUCCGACUUAGUGAAGCCCAGCUCGCCCAGCUCACACUUGCCCUGGGGGCCGCACAGGACGAGAAUGGGAAGAAGCAGCUUCCAGACUGCAUUGUGGGGGAAGAUGGACUCAUCCUGACGCCCUUGGGCCGCUACCAGAUAAUCAAUGGGCUGCGGAGAUUUGAAAUUGAAUACCAGGGGGAUUUGGAGCUGCAGCCCAUUCGGAGCUAUGAGAUCGCCAGUCUGGUCCGGGUGCUCUUCCGGCUGUCCUCUGCCAUCAACCACAGAUUUGCAGGCCAGAUGGCAGCCCUGUGCUCCCGGGAUGACUUCCUUGGCAGCUUCUGCCGCUACCACCUUACCGCAUCUACGCAAGGCAGUAGGCACCUGCUGAGCCCUGUGGGGCGGAGACAGAUGGCCAGUCCUGCCCGGGGCCCCAGGCUCAGCCUGCGCUUUCUGGGCAGUUACCGGACGCUGCUCUCUCUCCUGCUGGCCUUCUUUGUGGCCUCUCUGUUCUGCAUCGGGCCUCUGGCCUGCUCCCUGCUCCUGGUCCUGUGCUACCUCCUCUACGCUAUGGCCAUGACCCUGCUCACCGAGCGGGGGAAGCUGCACCAGCUCUGAGUGGCUGCCCACGGCCUCCAUGCAGACCCACGGGGUUUACUGCAGUGCCUGCAGGGCACUUCCAAGCCAGUGUAUGUCAUCUUUGGAUUCUUGGCCUUGUUUUUCAACAAAGUGGAGUCAUUUGAGAGAACCUGGAAUGGGAUGGAGAUGGUCCACGUUUGAAUGGUGUCAGAAGUCUCAUGAGGACAAGCAGAGCUAGCUGUGGGUACCUUGCCAUGCAGAGCUCAGGGACUAGUGUGCCCCCCACAGGCUGUAGGCCUGUGCUGUAUGGGUGACCCAAUUUAGUCCUGUCCAUGAUGUGAGUGGAAUAGGCUGUGAUGUCUUCUCUCCCUGUGGAGUAUCAGGAGAGUAGCUCAACAUCUCCUUCAGGAAAAAAUCUGUUUCUAAGAGAUUCCAGAAACAUAACAGCUCUCUUGAUUGACAGUUUUAAAACUCGGUUUUGCCACCACAUUUGGCAAAGCAAGGAUCAGCCUCUUCUCCAAGCUGGUCAGUCCCAGGAAGACUCAGAACAUAGGUGUGGGGCAGGACAGAGCUUUGCCUGUGGCCCCCAAGCUGUCCAGUGAGCACAUUGCUCACCCCAGAGCCCAGGGUGUCAGGCCGGCGUCGCAGAUGAGUGCCGGUGUGUGGCAGCAUGGAGAUGGAGGCAGGCACUCCCAUCUGUUGUUGAUAAGCAAAGAUAGCCAGUGGGACCAUUUCACCCUCAGUUAAACUAAGUGCUCCCGGAUACCUUUGAUAGCGUAUAUGACACUACCUCCACAGACAAAGCUAGGCCACCAUGAGUGGAGUGUCACCUUUGUCAUCCUGCAGAUGACAAACCAGCAACAGCAUCUCCACGGAGAUUUUUAAACCAAGCUUUUGUAUUGGUGUAUAUGAGGUUUUUAUAAAAAUGCUGUUUCAACUUGUAAAUGUUGGACUUUGUAUUUUGUUGUAAUUUCGGAAUACAUCUUGGGACCCAUGACCAAAAGUCAGAUCAAAUUUUCCAACCACGAGUCAGAAUAAAUUAUUCUUGCUUCA